CUCGUGUGUGUGUGUCUCUGCGCCUUUCCCCAUUCCCCUCCGCUCGCUCGCUCCGGGUCUCCCUCCCUCCCUCUUCACACCCACCUCACCUCCUCUCCUCUCUCUCCCACACUCUUCGCGUGCCCAAGAAAGGAACCUCCAGGCGGGGACGGCGUGAGCGCGGCAGCUGGGGCUGGAGCCGGAUCGACCUCGUUCGUCUCCAGAGGCGGCGGCACGGGCGCGGGAGCUCCGGAUCGGCGCUCAAGACCCCCAGAGUCCGCGCUGAUGGGCGAGCUUUUCGGGGCGUUUACUGUCCGGAUCAAGCGACCGUGCGUCCGGAUGCGGCAGUAAAUGCCGAGUUCUUGGCAUCUUUUUGUUCUCUCGUCCGUUAAAUUCGUCCGUGCCAAGAGUUCGUUCAGCUGUCCUAACGCCUCGGCUUUGACUGCCACAGUCGUCGUUCUUGUCCCCGCACAAGACUUCAGAUCUCGCGUACACGUUGAUGAUUGCUUCUAUCUAGACAUACUCCGGAGCAGCAAUCCUUGCUCUGGUGCCGUGAUCUGUGACCUCUGCUCAAUAAGAGGAACAGUUUAGAAAGCUUCGAGCUUCCAGCCUGCAUCUACCUAGCGCAGAUGUCGUUCCGCAGCAUAGUUCGUGAUGUCAGGGACGGUUUCGGCAGCCUGUCGAGGCGGAGCUUCGAGGUGACCAUCUCCGGCCUGUCCGGCCUCACCGGGCACCACAGGGGCAAGUGCCAGAGCACGGUGCACGAGCUCCGCGACGCCGAUCUCAUAGUCCAGGAGAGCCGCUGGGCCAGCCUCCCUCCCGAGCUCCUCAGCGACGUGAUCCGGAGGCUGGAGGCAAGCGAGAGCACCUGGCCGUCGCGCAAGCAUGUGGUGUCCUGCGCCGCCGUUUGCAAGGCGUGGAGGGAGAUGUGCAGGGAGAUUGUGACGAGCCCGGAGUUUUGCGGAAAGCUCACCUUCCCCGUCUCUCUGAAGCAGCCUGGCCCUCGAGAUGGAAUGAUUCAAUGUUUUAUAAAGCGAGAUAAAUCAAAGUCUACUUAUCAUCUCUACUUGUGCCUGACUAAUGCGGUACUUGUGGAGAAUGGCAAGUUCCUCUUGUCUGCUAAAAGGAUCCGCAGGACAACCUGCACCGAAUAUGUUAUCUCAAUGGAUGCUGAAAACAUCUCAAGAUCAAGCAGCACCUACAUUGGAAAACUGAGGUCAAACUUCCUCGGCACAAAAUUCAUAGUAUAUGACACGCAGCCCCCCUACAAUGGGGCUUUAGUUCCUCCGGUUGGACGGAGUAGCCGGAGAUUCAACUCUAAGAAAGUGUCUCCCAAGGUGCCAUCCGGCAGCUACAACAUAGCUCAGGUGUCUUACGAGCUAAAUGUUCUUGGCACGAGGGGCCCUAGGCGGAUGAACUGCAUCAUGCACUCCAUACCGGCCUCAUCGGUCGAGCCCGGCGGCAUAGUCCCUGGGCAGCCUGACCAGAUCAUGCCCCGGGCUCUAGAGGACUCGUUUCGCAGCAUGAGCUCCUUCUCCAAGUCAUCCAUCAUGGACCGGUCCACGGAUUUCAGCAGCUCCCGUUACUUCAGCAGUUCCCGGUUUCUGUCCGACAUUGCCGGAGGCGCCGCCAUAAGCCGUGACGAAGACGGAGAGAAGGAGAGGCCGCUGGUGCUCCGCAACAAGGUUCCGAGGUGGCACGAGCAGCUGCAGUGCUGGUGCCUCAACUUCCGCGGCCGCGUGACCAUCGCCUCGGUGAAGAACUUCCAGCUGAUCGCGGCGCCGAGCCAGCCCCCGCCCCCCGCCACGGGGCCGGGGGCGCCGGCCCCGGCCCCGGCCCCGUCGCAGCCCGCCCCGGCGCCGGAGCAGGACAAGAUCAUCCUGCAGUUCGGCAAGGUGUCCAAGGACAUGUUCACCAUGGACUACCGCUACCCGCUGUCGGCGUUCCAGGCCUUCGCAAUGUGCCUGAGCAGCUUCGACACGAAACUGGCCUGUGAAUAAAACCGGCGACCGACGGAGGUCGACGACGACACAGGCGGCGGCGGUCGAAGGAAGGGAAGAAAGUAGUAGAACCCUCAUUCCCCCCAUAGGACUUCCAUUCUAGAUCACGGACACUCCCUUUCGUUUGCUUGUAAUUCUGCUUUGUUUGUAGCUUGCUGGAACUGGGACUCGGUAGCAUGCGUUGCUUCGCACCAUGAUUGCUUCCUUUGAAGCAAAGUUUCGUGGAUGCGGUUGGUCUCUUCCGGAUUUAACCUAAGGUUCCCUCACCUUCA